AUGACCCUAACACGUCAUCGCACGUCACAAAUCCUCAUCCGUUUUAAGCGCAACAUUAACACCAUGACACAUUCACACAAUUAGUCUUUUUUGUUGUCGUUUUUUUUACUCUAUUUGAAAGUUGGUUCAGUUGCUCUUUUCUGUAUGUCUAAAAGUGGAACCAGUGGAAGUCUAAAAAUAGCUUCUGGCGCUUGUUUCGGUUCGUCCGGUCCGAUAAAGACGUCGUGUGUGUUUGGUUGCCAAAGCGAGCGGACCGCCGCUGGGUUGCCCCGGGCAGCGGAGAGGCAGGACGGUGGCAUGGGAGCAGUUAGUCACACAUGGCUGUGCUUAACAUUUACCUCACAAAAACAAGAAAGCUAAAUGAAGAAGCCCUUCCUCUGUCCCCGAAGAUACGCAAGCCCCGUCGUCAUGGCAACCACCAACGUCCUCCGCUAAUCGUCGAGCGGAUCCGAUAAAAACCGGACAAUGCAUCGACGUCAGUCACAUUUCCCUGUGAGGUGACGACAUUUAGCUUUUUUCUUUUUGGCUAAAAGGACUAGCAAGGGUCACGUUUGGAAGAGAGAAAGAAGGGAGCGAUUUCCUCAUAAGUACCGUCCGGUGGAGACCGGCUGAGGAGUUCACCGGACUGGCGUGAUGGACGUGGUCCUGACCAGACUGCGGGAUUUCUCCUGCAAUACUUCAACCUUUCAUGAUGGCGCAGUUUGGGAGAACAGACCCAAACUACGCCACUUCUGGCCCCUGAGAGGGGCGCACACGGCCGGAAGGGACGGCAGCCGGUGGGACAUUGGGAGCGCACUGGCCUGGCUGCGAGCGGAGCUGAUGGAGAUGCGUUCCCAGGACCAAGCGCUGAUCCGGCAGCUGAUGGAGCUUCAUUCUGGCAUCCAGGAGCUGAAGCAGGAGCUGUCCGAGGAGGAAGAGGAGGACACGGAUGAAGAGGGCAGCUGCUGGGACUCUGAUAGCGACGGAGGAAGCAGAAAUUUAUUCUUCCGUCAGAAGAUGAAUCAAACUUUUUAUUCAGCUGGAAAAAUGACCCACAGGAGAAGCUCUGUGCCUUAAUUUUCUAAAUAUGUGCACAGUUAGCUUGCAUUUUGUAAAAGUGACAAAGAACAUUUAAUCAUGAAAGUCUCAUCUGUCUCACAUCCUAAACCAACAAAGCAAAAUAAAAGAGAAAAAGAUA